UGAUUCACAGGCACAACCCCUCUCUCUCUCUCUCUCUCUCUCUCUGUGCAUGAAAGAAAUGGCUUCCUCUAAUCUGGUGGUUUUCCUAGCUAUGCUUCUGGUACUGCUGCCCAUGACUGCCCUAGGGACAAAUUAUACAUGGCCUCUUGAUCCUUUCUUUGAAAAGGUGUGUGAUGAAGUGGAAUGUGGAAGGGGAAACUGCACAGCUGGUGUAGAUUACCCUUUGGGCUUCAAGUGUGAAUGUGAAUCUGGUUGGAAGCGAACCCGUGAUGACGAUGACGAUGACAAUCUCACUUUUCUUCCCUGCGUGAUUCCUAACUGCACACUUAAUUACGGGUGCCAACCAGCCCCGCCUCCGGUUCCAGAAAAGGAGAUCCCACAUAAUAUUUCCUUCUUUGACCCCUGCUACUGGGUCUAUUGCGGAGAAGGGACAUGCACCAGGAACAAGACUUAUACACACACGUGUCAAUGCAACUCGGCCGGUUACUCUAAUCUUCUAAACAUCUCAGUCUUCCCAUGCUACAGUGAAUGUACACUUGGAUCUGAUUGUUCAAGGCUUGGGAUUACAGUUGCAAAAACUACUUCGACUGGGUCUGGGACUGGUCAAGCAACCUCAUUUCUGCCAGGAAAGUUCCAUUGGAUAGCUAUCUUCAUGGUUUCCUUGGGUAUGGUUCUGUGUAAGUAGGUUCCAAAGUAGUGGCUUGGGUCUCUCGCCUACGGCUAGCUACCUUCUACUUUCAUUAUAUAUACGAGAUUCAUUUGGUCAUGUAUUGUUCCUUUCAUUAUUUACCUCGAUUUUUAUGUAGAAAAAGUUUGUAUAAAUAAGUCAAACCAGUCAUAGAUGGAGGAUGACUGCUGUAUGUAUAUAGACAUCAUAUAUACAUGUACGAAUAUUAACAGUGGUUUUGUCUAUUAUGUUUCGUUUGUUUCGGUGUAAAA